UUUUUGUCCUCCAAUUCAACACAAAUACAGUUAAUAACUGAACGCUUGAAAUGAGUUUCAAAAGUUUGUAUUCAAAGUUGUGGAGAAAUAGUUAUCACGUUUUCCGAUCGGUGUCUCAAAUCACUACAAAACCCGAGACCAGAAUCAGUGAUAUUCUUCGUCGAGAGUUCCCGAAGGCGACCGAAAUCGUGGUCAACGAUAUAUCGGGCGGAUGUGGCGCUAUGUUUGAGAUACACCUGAAGGCCGAAGAGUUCAAUGGACUCAAUACUGUUAAACAGCACAUGAAAGUCAAUGAUGUGCUGAAGAAUGAGAUCAAAGACAUGCAUGGGAUCCGUAUUUAUACCCAACCGGUGGUGCCAUCGAAAUGAUUACUGUAUUGAAAAUCAUUGCCUUUUCUUAUAUACAUAUUUUAGGUGAAAAUCUUUUAGCUCUAGUUGUGAGGCAUUCAGAAGUU